AUGAAGCUCCAGACCUCCCUUCUGUUGAUCUGCCUUUUCAGGACAAGCUUUGCUCUUCCAUUGCAGAUUGGAAUUCUUGCAAGCAACAGCAAUGAGAUCCUGGGACUGAACGGACUAACUCUUGCAGCUCUUGGACAAGCACAGGUCCUUGGACAAGGACAGGCGUCUGAGGUUCUGUUCAUUCCACAGGUGCUUAACUUGAACCCUCAGUUGGCUGGUCCGUUCAUUCCUCAGGGGGGCCAGUUGCCCCAGUUUAUUUUUCCCGCCCAGGGCAACCAACUGACACCUGGAGUCCUCCCCAACGGUCAGCAGGAGCAGCUCCCAUCUCCACAGGACCCAAAUAAUCCUCAGCAGGCCCAAAUUCCUAUGCAGACGUUUCCACAGUUCCAGUAUCCUGCUUUUGGAUACCCUCAGUUUACCGGACAGCAGGGCUUACCUUACUUUCUGACUCCUUAUGGCUACCCACAGCAGAGGAAUAAUGUGGUGCUGCAGCCCAACAAUGGUAAGAUGGGUCAGCGGAACCCGGAGAAAACUACACAGAGGCCCCAGCUCCCUCUGCAGCAGCCUUCCCAGCCAAAGGUACAAACAGACAAGGUGAAGUCUACUACCAUCCCUCCUAAUCCUCGUGGUGAUGCUUCUGGCCCUGGGGUUGAUGAGGGUCAAUCCAACUUCCCCUUCCUGUUUGAGCCUUAG